UUGUAAUCCGUUUAUCUCUUAAUUACUAGUGUUUGCAAGGGCUUAUUUCCACGCCUCUGUAGACCGUAACUACCUCCUCUUUCCACCCCUCCAUCGCCUAGCUUGCCUCCCUUGCACCUCUCCCGCUUCUCUCACCUCUCAACCUCUCAACCUCUCAAACUCUCACCUUUCAACCUCUAUCCCUUAUCCCUUACCACUUACACCUUACAUCUUACAUCUUCCUCCUCCACCAACUAUCUGGCUGGCCCUCCUCCACCAUUCUUCUUUGUCGUUCCCCAUUACAGCUCCUGUUCUUAUCCACACGACAUCCCAACCCUAACUAGUAACCACUACACUAACCUAACCUAACUAUACCCAACCAACCCCCUCUCAAUGCCCCUCAACCCCUCCGCUCUCACCCCUAUCAUCACAUCCUCACUGCCAUAUCUCUCUAUUCUCUCCAUCAUCUAAUCCAUCUUCCCAUAUUCCCCUUUUAAAAAUAAAGUGCUUUCUUCCCCCAUUCCACCACGGCUCCAUCUCACUUCCCAAAAGAGAAAAACAAAGUUUACGGCAUCCCCCCCCAACCACCCUGCCAUUGCAAUUAGGUCUACAGGCAAAUAUAAAAUAUAUCAAAUCCUCUCCCCGAGACGGCAUCUCUCCCCUUUUUUAUCUCCUCCCAACAACAGACUGUGGGCGUCGUCGUCAUGGCUCAUAAUAUGUUCCAUCGGUCCAACCCCUUUGGUGGGACAUCUGGUGUAUCCAAAAUUGAAGAGGAGGAUGAGUCGCUCGGUUCGCCCACUCAAACUGCUUUCCACAACCCCACCGUGGGCCUUCGAAAUCGUACCUUCCCCUCCACAGAUACACGCUCCGAGCCGGGCGGGCCGCUCGGCCAGAUAUCAGGAGGCGGGAGAGGAGGAGGAGCUGGUGCUGGAGAUGGAGCUCGAGCCAGUGGUGAAUCUGCAACCCCGUUUCGACAGACCAACCCAUUCUCCGAAUGUGCCCCAUCCGCGUUCCCCCAAUCCUCCACCGCCACCACCGGAACAGAAGGGGGAGGACAGGGAGGGGGAGGGGGAGGGGGAGUGGGAGGCUCCUCCCUGGGCGAGGAGCUAUCAUCCGGCUUGCCACAUAACUACGCCCUAGGCCGGCGAACCUCCGUUUCCGCAGAAUCCCUAAACCCUUCCAAUUCUGGCGCUGAUUGCUGGAUUCCCCCUUACCACCCCAAAACCCCCGAACAACGAUCCCGCCUCCAGCACGCCGUCAGCUCCAACUUCCUCUUCUCCCACCUAGACGAAGAACAAUUCGAAACCGUCCUCAACGCCCUUGUCGAGAAACCAAUCCCCGCCAAGGACAUUAAGGUAAUCACACAAGGCGAUGCUGGCGAUUUCUUCUACAUCGUCGAAGAUGGCCACUUCGACAUCUACAUCAACCCCUCCGGCUCCGUCCAACCAGCCUCCGCCACAUCCCCUACCGCCAGCGGCCUAGGUACCAAAGUCGACACCAUCGGCCCCGGUGGCUCUUUCGGCGAGUUAGCCCUGAUGUACAACGCCCCCCGCGCCGCCACCGUCGUCUCUACCGAACCUAAAUCCACACUCUGGGCCCUCGAUCGCAUAACCUUCCGGCGCAUCCUGAUGGAUGCCGCCUUCCAACGACGCCGAAUGUACGAAGCCUUCCUAGAAGAAGUCCCCCUCCUUUCCUCCCUAAAGCCCUACGAACGCGCCAAGAUUGCAGACGCCCUCGACACCGUCAAGCACCCCGCAGGCGCCACGAUCAUCCGCGAAGGCGACCCGGGCAAUACCUUCUACCUGCUCGAAGCGGGUGAAGCGGCUGCGUUUAAGAACGGCAUUGCCGGCGGCGCCACUCCCGUCAAGCGAUAUAAGCGCGGCGACUACUUUGGCGAGCUGGCGCUGCUGGAUGAGAAGCCGCGUGCAGCGAGUGUGGUGGCCAUGACGGAUGUUAAGGUCGCACAGUUGGGGAGGGAUGGGUUUAAGAGGCUACUGGGCCCGGUGGAGGAUAUUAUGCGGAGGGCGGAGUAUGGGACUACUGGUGCUGCGGGUACGACUACGAGUACUGGCUCUGCGACUCCUACUGCCUCUGCGCAGCCGGAGGCGAAGAAGACGGUGGCAGAAUGAUCCGUUAAUUGAUUUAUCUCUUUUUUUCUGCGUUUUGUUUUUGGUCUGUGAUAAAGCAUAGUAUUUGGUAUAUGGUGUGUUAUGGGUUACUUAUGGUCUGGUAUGAUAAUUUAUUUGAGGGGAUAUCCAAAAACACCCUGUAGGGUUGCAUGGAGUUUCCCACGCACAACCUCUCAUUCAUCUACCCCUUUUUUUCCCUUCAUUUUCAUUUUCAUUCAUUCAUUCAAUUUUUUUUUUUUUUUUUUAAGUCUCAUUUUUCCCGGAGCCAUUCUGGUUGAUCCAUCUCUUUGCAUCUGUUACAUUGCUUCUCCGUUCAAUUUAAUUUAACUGGUUUUAUUAUGUUUCCUCUUGAUAUUCAUUUCUUCUUUUCCCUUUUUACUUAACUCUUAUAUACAUUAUCUCUCGUCCCAUCUCCCCUCUCUGAAUGCUCGCGCAAAAAUAUAAACGAUGGUCAACUGGGGGUAUUAAACAUUGAAGAGGAAUCUUGUAGCUAAAAUUAUUUCCUUGUCUUUUUUCUUUUCUCUCUUUUGAGAAAGUUGGCAAGAGGGAGGUUUAGCCUAGCUGCGGUUCUACAUUCUGUGUCUUGUCUUUGUCUUGUCUUGUCUUUGUCUUGAACCCACUUUUUUAUUUUUUUAUUCUCUUUACUCAUUUUUCGAGAUAUGCUUGUUGACAUGGGGGGAAGAGGGAGAUGAACGGAAAAUGUGAGUGCUAGUAGAAGAAGACUAUAUAUAUAGCACAGCACAUUCAAUUUGAAAAAAUGUUUAAUGAAUGGUACUGGGAAUUUUUCGAAAAGAAUUAUUAUUAUAUUAUAACUAUUAUAUACAACUGGUCCCUCUUAUCCCUCUUACGUUCUCUCCAUCUUAGCUACUGAUUCCUCAUCCUCUAAAUCAGAGCGUUGCACGCAUACGUACAUACAUACCUGAAUACCCUACGUGGUAGAUACAGGGAAACCAGAGAAAUAGCCACCUAACCACCCAUCCCAGGUAGUGUCAUAGAUAUAUAUAACCCCGCCCAACCUACACGUAUUAUACAUGUACUACCUCCUAACAACCAAAUCACUCCGAAUAACCCACUUCUCCCCCGCCACCACCUCCCGCCCCUCAUGGAGCAAACACCGCUCCCCAUGCCGAUGCAGCAGCGCCAUGCCCGUCUCGAGGCUGACGAUUAUUGGUUCCUGCUGCUGCUGUUGCCGUUGCUGUGGAGAUGAUUUUGACUUGGAUUUAGAUUUGGAUUUUGGGGGGCCGGCUUGUUGUUCGUCGUCGUCGUCGUCAGGGUAGAAGACCGUUUCGCCCCCUGUGCAGGUUGUGAGGUAGAUGAGGAGGGUCCAGGUUGUUUUUGCGGGGAUUGUCGGGGUGGGAGUUGUGGAAGGGGUGGAGGGGGUGAGGAGGAGGGGGACGGAGUCGUCGUCUGGGCUUGGGGUUAGUUUGGCAGAUAGAUUGGGGAUGUAUGGAUGGUUUUUGGGGUUUAUCCAUUUGAUGCUCUGGGCUGGGAGAGGAUAUUUGAGAUUUGAGGGUUGACGAGCCGGAAGGGGGAAAAAGCGGUACUUAUACAUGUAUAUUUGUAUGUAUAUAUAUAUACCCCUGCGAGCAGAAGAAAGAAUAAACCCG